CAUGAAUCUGUUCUACUGAAAAGGACCUAGAAGAAAAGAUUUUUUUUUUUCCUUCCCCUUCUUAUCUUCUCAAAACCCCUUUCCAAGGGAACAGGUUCCACUGGAUCCGUUCCUAGCUUUUUUGUGUCUGGUACUACCUUGUUUUGUACCUUAUUUAUACUAACAGCUUAGGUACCUCACUAGCCUGGGCCCUGCCAACCUCCCGCUCAGUUCGAGCUUAGGCUUCACCCCCGCCACCCCCCAUUCAGCUUUCUAUCCCCCGCACGUACCUCCUCUGUCACCGGAGGGACGAUAAAGACCUGUGCGAGGAAGCUAGCUGGGUGAGCUUUAGCUUGGGCAGCAUCGGCUCUCUAAUCCUUCCAUCUUUCUUCAUCUUGUUUCCUUCGUUGAACCUCAACCGUUCUUCAUCUUUACUCUCACCUGUUGUCUCUCGUUCUCUCUCAAUUGCCUAUAUCUUUACCUCACCCGGAUAGCGCUCGCAGGGAAUCACAAUGGCCAGUGAGGAGACUGGCGCUGAACCCCCCAAGCGGGAUGUUCGCAACCAUAUACUUUUCGAAGUUGCGACAGAGGUGGCUAAUAGAGUGGGUGGAAUUUACUCCGUCCUCAAGUCUAAAGCUCCCGUGACGACCGCCGAAUAUGGCGAGCGAUACACUCUGAUCGGACCCUUGAACCGUGCUUCGGCAGCGGUGGAGGUGGAAGAAUUGACUCCAUCCAAUCCCCGCAUGGUCGAGACGAUCAAGUCGAUGAAAGACCGUGGUAUCGACGUGAUCUACGGUCGCUGGCUGAUUGAAGGCGCUCCCCGGGUGCUUUUGAUCGACACCGGAACGGGAUAUAAGUUCCUGGACGAGUGGAAAGGGGACCUGUGGAACACAGCGGGGAUCCCAUCGCCGGCGGCAGAUACCGAAACCAAUGAAGCGAUUGUCUUUGGAUACCUGGUAGCAUGGUUCCUGGGUGAAUUCAUUGCCCAUGAAAGACGGGUUGCGGUCGUCGCCCAUUUCCACGAGUGGCUUGCUGGGGUAGCCCUCCCGCUGACCAAGAGGCGACAUAUGGAUCUCACCACGAUUUUUACCACCCAUGCGACCUUACUCGGUCGCUACCUCUGUGCGGGAUCAGUGGACUUUUACAACCACCUACAGCACUUCGAUGUGGAUGCAGAGGCUGGCAAGCGUGGCAUCUAUCACCGGUACUGCAUUGAGCGAGCCGCAGCGCACACGGCGGAUGUUUUCACUACCGUCUCCCAUAUCACUGCAUUCGAAAGUGAGCAUCUCCUCAAAAGAAAGCCAGAUGGAGUUCUGCCGAAUGGGCUCAAUGUCAAGAAGUUCUCCGCAGUGCAUGAGUUCCAGAAUCUACACUCGCAGUCCAAGGAGAAGAUUAAUGACUUCGUUCGAGGUCAUUUCUAUGGUCAUAACGAUUUUGAUCUGGACAAUACACUCUACCUUUUCACGGCGGGACGCUAUGAAUUCCGGAACAAGGGCGUUGAUAUGUUCAUCGAAAGCUUGGCUCGCCUGAACCAUCGUCUUAAAGCCAGCGGCUCCAAAACCACUGUAGUUGCAUUCAUCAUCAUGCCAGCCCAGACCACAUCUCUCACGGUAGAAGCCCUCAAGGGACAGGCUGUCGUCAAGUCCCUACGUGACACAAUCGAGAUGAUCGAAAAGGGCAUUGGAAAGAGAAUGUACGAGCGUUGCCUUGCGUGGAGGGAAGGCGACAACAUGCCGGACGAGAAGGACCUAAUGGCCAGUCAAGAUCGCGUGCUGUUGCGACGCAGGUUGUUUGCCAUGAAGAGGCACUCCUUACCCCCGAUCGUCACCCACAACAUGGCCAAUGACCACGAAGACCCAAUUUUGAACCAGAUACGCCGUGUUCAGCUGUUCAACGAUCCAACCGAUCGCGUUAAGGUAGUCUUUCACCCAGAGUUUCUCAACUCCUCGAACCCCGUGCUGCCGCUCGAUUACGAUGACUUUGUCCGCGGUACGCAUCUUGGAGUCUUCCCGUCGUACUACGAGCCAUGGGGUUACACACCCGCGGAAUGCACUGUGAUGGGUGUCCCUAGUAUCACCACCAACCUGUCCGGUUUCGGUUGCUAUAUGGAGGAGUUAAUCGAGAACUCAUCCGACUACGGUAUUUAUAUAGUAGAUCGCCGAUUGAAGGGUGUUGACGAUUCCGUCAAUCAGCUUACUGAUUUCAUGUUCAACUUUGCUUUGAAGAGUCGUCGCCAACGGAUCAACCAACGUAACCGUACUGAGCGGUUAAGUGAUCUAUUGGACUGGAAACGUAUGGGAUUAGAGUAUGUCAAAGCGCGGCAGCUGGCUCUCCGGAGAGCCUACCCGUCUUCAUUUGGCAGCGGCGAAGACUUCUAUGAUAUUAUUGGAGGAACAGAACAGAAGAUAUCGCGGCCGUUGUCCGUCCCUGGGUCACCAAAGGAUCGCUCGGGGAUGAUGACCCCUGGCGAUUUUGCGUCCCUGCAAGAAGUCAAAGAAGGCCUGAGUACGGAGGACUAUAUCGCAUGGCGGCUGCCUGGUACAACUGAUGAUGAUGAACCAGACGACCAAUACUUCCCACUGACUCUACGAACGAAAAAGACAUCCGAUCGACCCGCGUCGCCGCUCGACCGGAUAUCAGUCAAUGGUGGGAAUUGAUUGACGGCUACAUAUCUUACCAGAGGUUUACUGCCCAGCGUUCCGCUCGGAAUAUGAUCUCUACUCCCCAGCGUGUUGCUGUGCGCUGGUUCGAAUCCCUUCUGUUGUGUGUUCCUGUGCCAUAGCUUUCUACAUUUGUCAUUUUUACUUACUCCAAUUACAUGUUUAUUGAUAUUCUUUGGAGAAACACAGUGACCCUUUCCGGGCCAAGGACUGUUAAGGCUCCCUGGAUAAAGCUUCACGUCUUCAUCAUCCGUUGUUUGUACUGUUGCAUUGAUGUCGUUUUUGCCUUGUGUGAGUUUGCCAGCAUCGGGAUUGUCUUUUAAGAGCGUGAAUAAAUUCAUUGCAUGAUGUGCGAGACGCCAUACAUUCUUCUUACGCAAUUGCCUGACAUCAUAUCUAAGGGUUGUUGAGACGCUAGUGAGGGGUCGAUCGUAGUCCCACUACAACACGAGGAUUGACCGGACCACCGUGCUCCAGAGGGUAGACACUGAUAAAUAUACUUUAGCAACAACACAUAGAAGGGAAGCGUACAGUACUUGACCAUGACAAUUCAUUCCGAAUCACUAUCAACUGUCUCAAUCCUUGUUCUCAAACUGUCCGCAGACGGUGCGGGAUCUGUUCGGAAGUCAUCGUAGUGGGGGUAUAGGAAGAGAGGGUUUACAAUCCCUGUUAAGAAGACCACGACAAGGGAUCGCCGAGUAAUAUCCAAU